GGAAACAGCGGCGGCGGGGAAAGCAGCGGGGAAGGCGGCGGAGCGGGCGUGUUUGAAGACCUGAGUGUGGAUCAGCUUUGAGGUCAGCGAGUCAUGGCUGGCUUCAGACAGGAGGAUGUGGAGAAGUUCUAUGAGAUGGGCGAGGAGCUGGGCAGUGGUCAGUUUGCGAUCGUGCGUAAGUGCCGUGAGAAGAGCACCAGUGUGGAAUACGCUGCCAAGUUCAUAAAGAAGCGCCGCCUGUCGUCCAGCCGGCGCGGCGUGAGCCGCGAGGAGAUCGAGCGCGAGGUGAACAUCCUGAAAGAAAUCCAGCACAGCAACAUCAUCACCCUGCACGACAUCUUCGAGAACAAGACCGACGUCAUCCUCAUCCUGGAGCUGGUGUCGGGAGGAGAGCUCUUCGACUUCCUGGCGGAGAAGGAGUCCCUGACCGAGGAGGAGGCCACGCAGUUCCUCAAGCAGAUCCUGGACGGAGUUCACUACCUGCACUCCAAACACAUCGCUCACUUCGACCUCAAGCCGGAGAACAUCAUGCUGCUGGACAAGAACGUUCCCAACCCCAGGAUCAAGCUGAUAGACUUCGGCAUCGCUCACCAGAUUAAGGCUGGAAACGAGUUUAAAAACAUCUUCGGAACUCCAGAGUUUGUUGCGCCAGAGAUUGUGAAUUAUGAACCUCUGGGUCUGGAGGCUGACAUGUGGAGCAUUGGAGUUAUUACAUAUAUCCUGCUGAGCGGAGCGUCUCCGUUCCUCGGAGAGACUAAACAGGAAACCCUGACCAACAUCUCCGCCGUGAACUACGACUUCGACGAGGAAUACUUCAGCAACACGAGCGAACUGGCCAAGGACUUCAUCCGCAGGCUGCUGGUCAAAGACCCAAAGAAGAGAAUGACUAUUGAAGACAGUCUGGAGCAUCCAUGGAUCAAGGUAAUAAAGCGGCGUAACGUGCGUCAGGAGGACAGUGGGCGUCGGCCUGAGCGCCGGAGGCUGAAGACCACCCGGCUGAAAGAGUACACGAUAAAAUCCCACUCCAGCAUGCCCCCCAACAACACGUACGUCAACUUCGAGCGCUUCUCCCGCGUACUGGAGGAGAUCGGGGCGGCCGAGGAGGGUCUGCGGCGCCUACAGCAGAGCCAGCGCUCCUGCAGGGACGACGUGGCCGCCCUGCGCUCCAUCUACGAGGAGAAGGAGGGAUGGUACCGUGAGGAGAGCGAGAGCGUGGCGGCCGAGCUUGGCCGUGUCCGGUCCGAGCUGCAGCGUGCUCAGGCCCAGCGCAGGCAGAGCCAGGAGGAGGCCCGGGCCACUACGCUAGCCGCCAACGCGCUGAAGCGCCGAUUCGGCCGGCUGGAGAGCCGCUAUGAGUCGCUGGCCCAGCAGGUGGCGGCGGAGGUGCGCUGGGUGGAGGAGCUGCUGAGGUCCAGCUCCAUUGAGGCAGAGGAACGCAGCACCGGCCUGGCCUGAAACCUCAGAAUAUGGGUUCGUCAGGGAGCAUGAGGUCCAGAUACCUAGCAGAACUACAGCAUGUGUCACCAUCAGCCAUGUGCUCGGCUAACCGCCAGUAACAUCUCAUACAUGUGAGGAGGCAGAAACCAGUAACGUCUAUUCAGGGAAUAAUCUGGCAAAAACAGUUGAAUUUACACAGUUUGUCCUCUUGUCCCAAACGUAGUGGAAACGUUUGGUGUCUGAAGUUUGCUUCUUCAGUUUUAGCACUGGAGCUACGAGGCUAAUGUAGCCAGUAAUAGAAGCUUAUAGCCUGCUAAUUAACCAAUUAAACCACCUCAAAGCGUGAGGAGGUGUUCAGAAUCUCUAAUAGUCUUGAUUAAGUGGUUUCUGACUCUGUGUGACUCAUUGUUAUCUAGAAACGUGGACAAAAUUAAAGCUUCCCUGCAUGUAUCCCUCCACCUUGAAUGGAGUUUAAGUUCUCUAAACUAUCAUAAAACAGUGUCUCAGUCAUCAGGCAGUGAAUUCAUAACCAUUUCAUGUAGGAACUUUCUGUGAGGGAGCUUUUAGAGGUGGACGUCUGGUUCCUAUCACCACCACUGUGAACAGUUCUGACUCAGUAAGUUUCUCUAGAACGGAGCGUUUCACACCAAACCGCUCUGAACGACUCUGAACCGCUCUGAACCCCUCUGAACCGCUCUGAACGACUCUGAACCCCUCU